AUGUGGUUCUCUAAAUCAAACUUUCCAAUUGAAGGAAAAACUGCUAUCAUCAUUGGUGCAUCUCAGGGUGUCGGUGCAGAUAUUGCCUCCAAGUUAUAUUCCAAAAACUGUUCAGUUAUUCUAGUUGCAAGAACUGAAUCAAAACUACAACAACAAGUUAGUAGAAUUAAAAAAGAACAUUCAAAAUCAACUGCAAAAAUUAGUUAUUCUGUAGCUGAUGUAUCUAAAUAUGAAGAAUGUGUUAAUUUAUGGAAUUCAAUUUAUCCAAUUGAUCCAGAUAUAAUAUUCUGUUGUGCUGGGUCUUCAAUUCCAAAACUAUUUCAAGAUUUAACUGAACGUGAUAUUAAUCUGGGUAUUGAUAUUAAUUAUAAAACAGCAAUUAAUAUAGCUCAUACUGGAUUCAAACAUGUUUUAGAAAAACAUUCAAAUAAAGAUCAUGAGUUUAAAAAAAGACAUAUCAUUCUUUUCAGUUCAGUGGUUAGUUUUUUCCCAUUUAUUGGAUAUUCUCAAUACGCUCCUAUGAAAUCAGCACUUGAAUCAUUAUCAAUUAUAUUACGUCAAGAAUUAUCACCAUAUAAUUACCGAGUAUCAUGUGUAUUUCCAGGUAAUUUUCAGAGUGAAGGAUUUGAAGAAGAACAAAAAACCAAACCAGAAAUUACCAAAAAAAUUGAAGGUCCAAGUAAUCCAAUUCCAGGUGAUGAAUGUGCAGAAAUGAUUAUUGAUCAAUUAAGUAAAGGUUACGAUACAAUAACUACUGAUUUUGUUGGUUGGGUUCUUGGUACAACUUCUUUAGGAGUAUUUUUACCAAGACAAUGGGGAUUCUUUCAAGUAAUUAUUGGGUUUUUCAUUCUGUUAAUUGGACCAAUAGUUAAUUGGGUCAUUAAUAGAGAUAUUCAAAAUUCUAUCGAUAAGAAAAAGAAAGAAUAG